AUGUCGCGGAGCAACUCACUGCAAGAAUACAACUGGGAAACUCAGUACGACGAUGCGCAGGUGCAAUAUCCUCGUCCCAUUCCGGACGAAGUUAUCAGCGUCUACGAGGUUUACGUGAAGGAGGAGUCGUCGGGCUUGGACUCGAGGAACGAUGCGCCGAGCGUGUCGGGAUUAAGCAGCGCAGCCGAUCAGCAGUUGAUCCAAGCUGACUGCGUGGACACGGACGCAACCAUGGACUCGGAUGUAAUCAAUAUCGACAGCACCGUUGCGAAAUUCCUCGGCAAGGACGUGCUAAGGUAUAAAAUCCUCGAGCAAAGCGCCAGCGCGCCCGACGAGAACAUGGUCGUGUAUUCGCGUCCCGUUGCCGAAGGUCCUUCGAGCUCGACGACGCGACUUGUCGAUAAGGAUGACCCGAGGUCCAGGUUGCACUUUGUCAAGUAUCUCAAACGAGACGGCAAGACUCUAAAGAUUUGGGAAUGCGGCAUCUGUUCAAAAGAGUUUCGCCAUCAGUACACCUUGAUGAGACAUCUGCCGACACACACCGACGAGAGGAACUUCAAAUGCGAGGCUUGCGGUAAGGCUUUCCGCCAGCUGUCAACAUUGAGCCAGCACAAAGCUAUACACAGCGACGCCAGGCCCUACGUGUGCGAGUUCUGCAAGAAAACGUUUAAUAGAGUAUCCACGUUGAUCUCCCAUCGGAAAACGCAUUCGGAACACAAGCCGCACAAGUGCCACGUGUGCGGCAAGGGAUUUCAUCAGAAGGGCAAUCUGCGCAAUCACGUGUUCACGCACACGAAUGAGAGGCCGUACAAGUGCGAUCUCUGCGGUAAGGGCUUCAACCAGAUGUCGAAUUUGGUCUGUCACAAGAUGAAAGCGCACGCACACGCCGACAAGAUGCAGUAUUCUUGCGGAGUCUGCGGAAAGGAAUUUCCGCGCAGGUUCGCUUUGAGAUCGCACGAGGAAUAUAAGCACGGCGUGAAAUAUCGAAGCACGGGCAACGCGCAGUCCGCAGCUACGGCGAACGAAUCCAAUGUCGCGAAAAGCAAGAACGUCCGAAUCAUACAGUUGUAUAAUGGCGACCGGAGUCAAACGAGCGAAAAUAAAAAGGAGGAUUACUUGGACUCGUCGGAUCUGGCGGACAGCAUUGUGAUAGACAAGAUCGAUACGAAAGCAAUGGAGAUGGCGUUGCUCCAAGGGCAGAUCCCCUUUGCUCUCUACAAACCCGCCAAAGGUAUACCGAUUCUCGUGAAAGUUUGGGCCACCGCGAAUAAUAAACACGCACUUACACCCGCGACUGCCGAGGAUUUGCGAAUGGCCGGAAAAAUUACUCCGAAUCCCAACGAGACCGCGGACAAUGAAGGCUCGAAGGCAAUGCAAGUGAAGGUACCCGUGGUCGCCACAGUGAUACAGAACAUCGAACCCGACGGCAAAUCUAGUUUCAUCGUCGAGCCGCCUAGUGCGGAACAUGAGCACGACGAUUUGGUGACGACGUUGGAUUCGCAGUUCUCAUUAUCCGAGCUGAAUCACGAUGAACCAGACCACCGGCAGAGCUGCCCGAACUCGGCUCCAUCGAUGGAGGACUGCAACGAGUUGUUGGAGUUGGCCGCGCAAGGCGGAAUACAGUUUGUUCGCGCCACCGAGGAUGGUCGUUACGAGAUUAUGACAAACAGCGAAGCUCGUGACUUGAUGGCGCAGAAUUCCCACGACGUAACGAUUCUUGACGGCGAACAGGCGGACGCCAUCAAUCUCGCCAAUAUACGCAAUAACGAUGACGUCAUCAUCGGCGACAACGAUAAUCAGAUCAUGGUGCUGGAAUCCGGCCAGAAAUCUAUGUCAAUGGACGGCAUCGAAAUUCUCGAGGACAAAGACAUUAGGAUUCUCGAGGGUAAAAGCCUCGACGAUCGUUUCGUGGAUGGCAUAACAUUCCUUUCCCAGGCCAAAUUCGACGAUCUCAUACUCGGUCCCAAAUCGCUGGGUAUCGACGGCGAUAGCGCGUUGGCGGGACACGGCGAUGCAAUGUCCAUGCCAACGAGCCAGCAAGACCUAACAGGCAUCUUGGGUCAAUCCUCGAACCUGUCCACUAGCUCGCACUCCUCGUUAUCGUCUCUAUUAGCGAAGAACCAUCCGCCAUUGUCGCUAUUGAACGAGACGCUCCCAUACUUGAAGAGCAAUCAGAGCUUCGUGGAGGAUCUAAACAUCCUCGGUGUCUCCCCCGUUGAAGAUCACCAUUCGGAAUACGAUUCGAAGAUGAAACUCUCCUCUAUGUUCGACGACGAGUGCGAUAUCGGCUUGAUAUCGUUUGGUCAAUCGGACAUGAAUAUGCUUGACCCCGGGAAUCAGAGUAUCAAAUUUUUCAGUGACAAGUUCUAUCAGCCGCCUCCGAAAGUAUUUCCCGGUUACAACGAAGUGAGGAUUCUGGGACCGAAGAAUCACAAUCGCGAAACGUUCAUUCCGCACUACCAAGACGCCAGGAUCCUCAGUCCUUUCGAGCAGUUCCUCAAAAACACGGCUAUACAGACGAACGCUUGCGUGCCCAACACAAUCGAUGCGGCCUCCGAGGGAUGUCGAAAAGAGGUGAAGAUACUCGGUAAAAAGCUCGGCACUGGCAUUAUCACCACAACCGAGCAGGGCAAUGUCGUCGAGGUUGUCGACGAUAAAACUAAAUUCGAAACGGACAUCGUGGUGGAUCUCUGCGACAACGUCUUGCAGCAGUGCGCUGCCGUGCCGUCGCCGCGACGAUUGCACCGACAGUCAAUGGAGAACGAUGACGCGGACAGCUUUUUGCUCCAAGCUUGCAGCCCGUGCGAUUUUCUGAAUUUUGGAAAUCGACUCACCGGCAAGGACCUGUCGCCCGAAGGUCACUUCGACAGAGGCCAAAAGGAGAAUCGCGAAGAUAGUUUUGUUUCCGGGGACAUUUUGGACCUGAACUGA